AUGAUGCUUGAGGAUCAACUUACUACUUUUAUUUAUGAUGUGCGACAUGAUGAAGAUUUUGUAAAUAUCGGGGACUUGGGAGGUUUUGCUAUAAAGAUGAUUGAUACUGGCAAAUGUACUAUUUUUCCACUCGUUUAUCGUCUUAUUGAGUUGGCAUUGGUUUUGCCAGUUGCGACAACUAGUGUAGAGAGGGCAUUUUCGGCGAUGAAUAUUGUGAAAACUGACUUGCGCAACAAAAUGGGAGACGAGUGGAUGAACGAUAGCAUGAUUAUCUAUAUUGAGAAAGAGCCCCCCCUAUCAAUAAAUCCUGGUUCCGUCCCUGGUUACGGCCAUGAGGUGCCUAAAUCAUUUCAAAAUAAAACAAUGGCCGAGGGAUUGACCCAAUCUCUUCGAUAUUCAUAA